CUUUGUUACUGUGGAAACCAGUGAUAUUGAUGAGUGUAGCAAACCAGAUGGUCACUCAGUUAGCUGGCAAUGCUUAGCCAGAUUGCUAACUAAAAUCGAGAGUUUUGCCCCAGCGUUAUCACAGAUAUACACAAUGCGGAACUGGCUCCACUUCACCAUAGAGGGAAUAAAAUCUCAGGUUGCUGUGUGACUGUGGGUUUCUACAUGCUUUGACCUGGACCUGCCCUAAAAUACACUUAGAUGCACAUGCACACACCUCUGCUGACCCACGCUCUGAUCUUACGCAAUCCAAAUACUGCAUGCAUACAACUGCCAACACACACGGACUAGCAGACCUAUUCUGCAGCUUGCCACAACCACUGCUACUGGAACCACUAAUACACAAAUCGCUCUCCUCCCACCUCUUCUGCUCCUCCCCUCUCCAUACCUCUGGAGCUGCGCAGAACUUCUCUGCUCUUCCUGAGUUUUGAAUUUGUGUAAGUCACAUUGAGGAACACCGCCACUCUCCUGCUGAGCUACUGAGUCUACUGGACACAUACCGGCUUGAUGGCCACAAGAUAAAGUUUAUUUGCAAUUCUUUGGCUUUAAAUCCAGAAUGUGCUGACCAGCAGAGAUGCUCGCUGAUUAAUUUUUCUGGAUAUCUUGGGCUCCUCAACACAAAAUAGAUGGUUCCUCUUAAGUCAAACCAGACUGUAAUGGGAGGAGAAGAGGAAGAGAGGGAGGCUUCUGGCCCUCCAGAGAAGAGAAAACCUAAGGAAGAAGCAGAAGAAAGUGAGAGUGAGAAGGAGAUAGAAGAGGAGGGCAAAGGCAUGCGGAUCCCUCUGCAUCGCUGGGUAAUGCACGGGGCAGUGAUGUUUGGACGUGAGUUCUGCUACGCCAUGGAAACAGCCCUGGUGACGCCAGUAUUACUGCAGAUAGGCCUUCCUGAGCAAUAUUACAGUUUAACCUGGUUCCUCAGUCCCAUUCUUGGUCUCCUCUUCCACCCCUUGAUCGGCUCAGCCAGUGACCGGUGUACUCUGCGAUGGGGCCGGAGAAGACCGUUCAUUCUAGCCCUAUGUGUAGGUGUGCUUCUGGGAGUGGCGCUGUUUUUAAAUGGAUCAUUAAUAGGCCUUUCCAUAGGUGACAGCCCCAGCAGCCAGCCAAUCGGCAUCGUCCUAACUGUAUUAGGCGUGGUGGUGCUGGACUUCUGUGCCGAUGCCUCCGAGGGACCAAUCAGAGCUUACCUUCUUGAUGUUGCUGACACUGAAGAGCAAGAUAUGGCCCUGAAUAUUCAUGCCUUCUCUGCUGGGCUCGGUGGAGCAGUGGGCUACAUGCUAGGUGGUCUUGACUGGACUGGCACAGCUCUGGGCCAAGCAUUUAAAUCACAGGAACAGGUCCUUUUCCUGUUUGCGGCAUCAUCUUCAUUGUCUCUGUCACACUGCACAUGCUCAGUAUCCCUGAACGACCUUUCGCGCCAUCCAAUCAGCUUAAAGUCACAGAAAGUGGGGAGUCUACCAGCCAGUUGUCUUUCAGGCCCGUUGGCCACAUGCCACCUUUACUUGAUGUGA